AUGGCAGGCCAAUUCAUUCGUGGCCAGCUUUCGACUCCACCACUUCCUCGAGUUGAUUUGAGCGGACGCACCAUUCUGGUGACAGGAGCAAAUUCUGGACUGGGUCUCGAGGCUGCCAAACUGUUGGUACAGUUGAAUUGCAGCACGGUCGUCCUCGCAUGCCGGACCCUCGCAAAAGGGGAAAAGGCGAAGGAGAUCAUCUUGCAGUCACUCUCCAGCGGACAGCACGGAGGAUCGCAGCCAAUAUUGGUCAUCUUGGAAGUCGACCUUGAUUCGUUUUCGAGCGUGGUCGCCUUUUCCGAGCGAUGCAAAGAUCUCCCAAGGCUCGAUGCCGCAAUCCUCAAUGCGGGCAUUGACCUUGUGGAGUUUACGCUUGCAGAAGGCUAUGAGACGACCAUCACUGUGAAUGUUAUCUCAACGUUCCUCCUCGCUAUACUGCUCGUUCCCAUCAUGCGAAAGUCUGCAAAAACCUACAACAUCACUCCAACACUCGCCGUUGUCGGAUCAGCAGUCCAUUUCUUUGUCGGGGCCAAGGAAUUGACCGCCCCGGCUGAGGGUCAAAUUCUCCAAACACUGUCGAACCCCAAAAAGGCAGACAUGAAGGCUCGCUAUUUUCUCAGCAAACUCAUUGUCAUGCUCUUGGUAAAAUACCUGGCUUCAAUGCUGCAAAAGGCCGCCGAAAAAGACCCGACCAACAAGCCCUUGGUGGUCAUCAACAACGUUGCGCCAGGGCUCUGCAAGACCAAUCUAUUCCAGAGCUUCGCGUCUCCGCCAACCAAAGUGCUGCUCAGAGUUGUUGGGCGAUCGAGCGAGCACGGAGCGCGGACAUUGGUGCAUGGCGCAACGGCUGGAACGGAGUCCCAUGGACAGUAUUUGAGCGAAUGUCGGGUCAAACCUUACAGUGCCUUUGUCAAGAGCGCCGAGGGAGACCAAACAGCAAAGAGGAUCUGGCAAGAACUGUGCGCCGUGUACGAGGAGGUGAAACCUGGGUGUACUAGGGAGCUUUGA